ACUUGAUGCUCUUUGAUGUAUGAACCAACAGCAUUUGAUGUGUCGGUAUUUUCUUUCUGUUUUUUUUUUGUUUUAAUUUUUCUGUGUCUGCAGGAUUUCGUGCAGAAUCUGUCGAUCCUGUCGAGGGGAUCUCUGGACGAGAAGCUCCGAUGGGCGUUCACGCUGUACGACAUAAACGGUGACGGUUGCAUAACGCGCGAAGAGAUGACCGACAUCGUGUCGGCGGUGUACGACCUCAUGGGUAAGCUGGCCGAGCCCUGCAUCGACGACGACACCGUCAAAGAGAAGGUCGAUCGCAUAUUCCAAAAAAUGGACAAGAAUCAGGACGGCGUCGUCACUCUGGACGAGUUCCUCGAGUGCUGUCGCAUGGACGUAGACAUUUCCACCUCGAUGGCCGUCUUCGAUUCGUCCUUCUGACGGUCGCCCGUCGGCGCCCGACCUCCACCAUCGUGGACAUGAAGGACAGCCGACAAACACCGACAUUGUUGACAGAUACGAGGACGAAUUAUUGCGAGUAAACACCAAAUUCUCUGUGUGUGUGUGUUUCCCAACAACAACAACAACAACAGCAGCAACAAAAUGGACAUGGACAUCCAAACCGACCAAAAAAAUACUACUUACAUUUUUGCAAAGAAAGAAAAAACACAAAUAAAUAAGAUUACUAUACGAU